AUGCUCGACAUUCCAAAAUCCCCGGAAUCUUCAGAAGACGAAGUGACAGCAGACGAGACGGCAGCGAACCAUACCUCAGCGACCGGGACCGCAGUGAACGAAAUUGCAACGACUAAUACUCCAGCGCCUAAUGCCUUAGCGUCCAAUACCUCAGCGUCCAAUACCCCAGCGUCCAAUACCCCAGCGUCCAAUACCCCAGCGUCCAAUACCCCAGCGUCCAAUACCUCAGAGACCGAUAUCCCAGCGACCGAGACAGUAUCAAGUGAUACAGCCAAUUCUCUCCGCAGGAAGAAACGGAAGCUUCCAAAGAACGUCCUUACGCCUGAGAUUGUGAAAGAUUGGAUAGACAAUCCACUUUCGUUCUUCUCGAAAGAUAUUAAACUCUGUCUGGAUGAAGAUCCUGUGGCACAUGCGUGCGGUUAUCUCAGCCACAUUGGCAAUAGAAGUGAAGAUCUUGAUCUGGCCCGUCAAAGAUUUUUGAAAGUGACUCUUCAUCGUCUGAGGCAAAGAUUGGGAGUGGAACGACUCCGUUCGGGUCGUGUCGACCGUUUAGCCAACUUUUAUAAUCACUUUGGCCAUACUGAACCGGCCAAGAAGGAAGAAAUUGCAAAAUGGCUCGACGAAGGAAGUAGACUGGAUUCGAUUUGUCAAGAACUUGAAGAAAAUCAGCCCUGCGGCUACUCCUACUUGAGCAACCUGUUCUAUAUGAACGAUAUCACUGACAGGCGGUGA